AGAUCAUUGUUGAUUGGUCAAUAGAGUCAUGACAAACUUUGUAAUAUUUGAACCAUAGACAAAAUCUGAAAAUAAUGUCUGUUGUUUCUGAUUCAUGCUCAACAGGCAAUAUUUACGAGGAAGUGUUGAAUGACGAGACAACUUGCGAUUUAUCUUGUAAACAGCUAAAAGAAGUGCCCGACUUGGCGAAUAACAAAUUAUUGUGUAUACUAUAUCUCCAUAAUAAUCAAAUAACAUCGUUACCAGAUGAUUUCUUCCCAUCAUUACCAAGUCUAAUGUGGCUAGAUCUACGUGAUAAUGAACUAAUAGAUUUCCCGAAAUCGGUCCAGAACCAUCCUAGCCUUACACAUUUGCUAUUACAAAACAAUCAACUAAAUUCUUUGCCUAACGAAUUAGGCACAACCAAUUUAAAGGUUCUACAGUUAAAUGGUAAUCCUCUAGUCUACCCUCCGAAGGAAAUCAUCAAGGGUGGUGUUACAAAAAUACUGGAAUUCCUUCAUCAUAAAUACAUAGAUAACAUGUUUGCACAAUCCCAAUCCGAUAUUUCUGAUGCUGCCAGUACGGCCAACUACCCUGACGUUUUUAACCAAGAAGUAGUAAGUUACAAUUCAGUAAUCGAUGGCGAUAAGUUGAAAAAAUCAAAAACUUUAUCGAUACAGUUUAGCGAGAGAGAAUUGGAAGAAUCUGGAGACGAAUGCUACGGUAAAACCAAAGGGAAAUGCCCGAAGCUGGCCAAAAGUCGCACGCUUAUUCCACCAUACUAUCAAAGUUCGAAGUAUGUGGUCCCACAGGGCGCUGACAGCAGAGAAAUACAAAAUGUAAAGAUAAAACAAAGUUAUUUAAAGGAUUUGGCUAUAAAGAAGCACAAGGAUUUGCUUGCUACUAGAGAUAAGAUAUUGCAAGGGAGGAAGAACUUGGAACUGCUAAAGAACUGGCGCAGAAACUAUCGAUUUAAGCAGCAAUUCGUCGACUCCUCCUACAAAAUCGACUCGCAGAAUAUUCCUUACGAUACAGCUCCGGAGUACAUGAACCUCCUUACUAGGGAGGAUAUCGAGAAAGACCUCCCUGAUAAGUACAAAAAGAGGUUGAUAAGGAGGUGUAAGCCUACAGUUCCGAGAAAGAAUAACAACGAUGUGCAUUUGGCUAUGAAAAUAAAGCAGUUGUUUGAGAAUUUGGAGGCCAUCGACUUGAACAGAGAAGGAAUGACUCCUAGGACGGAGCAGAAGGUCUUGCUGAGCGAGAUUCAAAAAAUAACGGAAAUAAAGCAGAAGUUAUCGGAACUAUCGACUAACAAUGGGAGAUCGGUAGCAGAGGUCGAUUAAAGAUUGGGCACUUUUCUUCCUCAUUUAUUUAUUAAUUAAAUGUUUUAAAAUAUAUGUUUCAUACCAAUCAAU